UGUUCUCUAUGUUUCAAGCUGAUGCAUUUUUUUUACCUGUCAGUAUAUCUUGCACAAAUUUGAAAAAUGUGUUUAAUUAGGGAAACCAACAAAGGGGAAAUGGAAUUUAACCUGCCAAGAAAAGUGAAGUGUUCUGUCACUCUUAGUGAUACAGAUUUGAUUUAUGUUGUCUGUGCUGCUUUGAUCAUUUUAGCAUUCAGAUUAUGAAUGAAGACCUGUUGCUUUUAUGGUCUUUGACACCAAGUAAGAGUCUUGCCAGUAUCUAGACUUCAAUCACAGGGGCGUGGCACCAUUUUCCCACAAGAAAAUUAAUUGAAGUAUCAUUCCACAAUAUACCCUGAACUUUUUUUUUUAUUAUUCAUAUCUGGGGCUUCAUAGUGACAUGGUUUUAAAUUAGUGUCUUGAUCGUCACACUAUUGAGUGUUCACCGCUCUGAGGACAGGGGGCAAGCAAUUCGUGAGCAAUGCUCGUUUUGGCGCUAAAGAAAUUAUGCAGUAUAAUGAUGAAGUCAAGUCGCAAUUACACACAAGCUAUUUCAGGAAGCAUCACCAAACACCAGUUGUAAGAGGUUAUUUUUAAUGUGCAUAUUAAUAUAAUUUACCCACCUGUGUGUGCAUAGUGAUGUGGUUACCAUCGUGGACAGCAGGUGGUACUGUACAGUAGAAUAUUAUCUUUGUCCUUGCAUGGUGCCGAAUUUCUCCCACAGCCCAAAAAUAUGUUAGGACCACUAGUGUCUCCGAAUUGUCCCGACUUUGUGCAUGUGUGUGCACGCAAUAUAAGCUGCAGGCCCCCUUGAGAUCGAUGUGUUUCUGAGUAAUCCAUAAUGAUGUGUAACAUAAUUGGAUACACGUGUUAUUAUUAUUAUUUCUAAUUUGGGCACACUCUCAGUUUGCCUCGAAAUUGCACCAGUAACCGAUAUGUUUUUCAAAGCACUCCACGGUUUAUUAAAUGGUUUAAAUGGGCAUAGCACGGCAGCCUGAAUCCGUGCUCAACACCUUGGUCGCGGUCCCGCGUUAUCUGACUACUAGGGCGAGCAGCCGGAAGACGGUGAGGAAGAGCUACCCGCCGGCUGCCGCCUCCCGAUCGGGGACAAUGGAGAAGACCCCUUUGCCUGCUGACGAGGAUGGCAGAAUGAUGGCAGACACCCAGUCUGAUGCGCAGCUCUUGGAUGGAAAUGGCAGCUCACUGGGCACAGCCAUGGAGCCAGCCCGCGACGCCUGGGCCAGUAAGAUCCAGUACCUGCUAGCCCAGGUGGGCUUCAGUGUCGGGUUGGGGAACGUCUGGAGGUUCCCUUACCUUUGCCAUCAGAACGGGGGAGGAGCCUUCCUCCUGCUUUACGUGCUCCUGCUCGCUGUGGUGGGAGUUCCCCUCUUCUUCUUGGAGCUGGCGGCCGGACAGUGCAUCCGACAGGGCAGCAUCGGAGUGUGGAAACACAUCUCUCCGAAACUGGCCGGAAUCGGAUACUCCAGCUGCGUGGUGUGCUUCUUCGUAGCCCUUUACUAUAACGUCAUCAUCGCAUGGAGCCUCUUCUAUCUGGGCAGUUCGUUCCAGUCCCCCCUGCCCUGGGAGCAAUGCCCUGAGCCCAUUCACAACCGGACUGUGAAUGAGUGCACGAACAGUUCUCCCACCACAUACUUUUGGUUCCGCAAGGCUCUGGACAUCACCGACACCAUCAACGAGACAGGCCAGUUAAACUCUGUCAUGACCAUCUGUCUGCUAGCUGCUUGGACUGCUGUUUGCCUUGCUAUGAUCAAGGGCAUCAAGUCAUCGGGCAAGGUUUUGUAUUUCUCCUCCAUCUUCCCCUACGUUGUGCUGCUGUGCUUUCUUAUCAGGGGGUUAAUGUUGGAUGGAGCAUCUGAGGGCAUCAUCCACAUGAUCUACCCUAAGCUGGAGAUCUGGGGCAGCGUGCAGGUGUGGCGGCAGGCGGCCACCCAGGUCUUCUUCGCUCUCGGGCUGGGCUUUGGCUCCGUCAUCGCCUACUCCUCCUACAACCCCCUGAGGAACAACUGCCACCGAGACGCCCUCAUGGUCUCCUUCAUCAACUUCUUCACAUCCAUUCUGGCUACCCUCGUGGUGUUUGCCGUGCUGGGCUUCCGUGCCAAAACCAAGGCCAUGGAGUGUGUGACCCGGAAUUUAGCACUCCUGUCUGGGAUUUCCUCUGGGGAGUUUGAGCUGAACCAUUUGUUGAACUGGACUAACAUUUCUACACCUGAUUCUGUGAUGCUGGAGGAGUACAGAAACUGGUUCUUGCACCACCGGUCGAGCGUUCCAGUGAAUGUUACAGACUGCGACCCGGAGGAGGAGAUGAACAAGGGUGUGGAAGGGACCGGGCUGGCCUUCAUCGCCUUCACAGAGGCCAUGUCGCUCUUCCCCGCCAGUCCCUUCUGGUCAGCACUCUUCUUCCUCAUGCUUCUGAACCUGGGCCUCAGCACCAUGCUUGGCACCAUGCAGGGCAUCCUUACGCCCCUCACAGACAACUUCAAGCGUCUGAUGCGACACAAGACGGCUCUGACAGUCUGCAGCUGUGUAGUGGGCUUUGUCAUUGGACUCGUGUUCACCCAGCGCUGUGGCAACUACUUUGUGACCAUGUUCGACGAUUAUUCUGCGACUCUGCCGCUGAUCAUCGUGGUCAUUUUCGAAACAUUCAGUGUCUCCUGGGUUUACGGAGCUGAUCGAUUCCUGGAUGACAUUGAAAACAUGUUGCAAUGGCGCCCUCCAGUGGUAUACAAGUACCUGUGGAAGUACAUCUGCCUGCUGGCCAUGAUUGGCCUGUUGGGGGCGAGUGUAUUGCAGAUGAUAUUGAAACGGCCAACGUACACUGCCUGGAACCACAGUACGGCUUCGAAAGGAAAGCUGGACUACCCGCAGUGGGCGCUAGUGGUCCUCUCGCUGUUGAUCAUAUUUGCCUCCCUCCCUGUCCCUCUGGGCUACCUACAUACGCUGCUGAAAAACAAACUCGGCCAAGGGCCGGAGACGGGACGCAGGCGCGAGACAGACGUCGAGAGAGAGGAUUACAUGAAAUGCAACACAAUGGAACCUGACUCCGCCUCUACACUCAAGCCACUGGAUGAAGAGGUAGGGGAGGAGCCUCAUCGGAAUUCCUUCCGGGCUUUGGGCUCGGAACAGUACAAGCUGCUUCCCCAGAGGGAGGAAACGGAAGACGGAGAGGAGACUACUGGCAUGUGAAGGAGUAGAAACAUACAUGCAGAGGCUGGGAUCUAAAGCCGUGCUCAGACUUGCUAGUACCUCCAAGGGGAACAUGACAAAGUGGGAGUUUCACACAAAUAUGUGACCGAGGGAUGUUUACACAUGUAAUACUCUUGAAUGAUCCUUUCUGAGUACUCAGUCAUUGCACAGCAGGUAUAAAGGCAGAAAUCAGUGUUCCUCCUUGGGAGGAGAAAAAAACCUUGAAAAACAAUUAACUGAGUGUAUUGUUAACCAAACUUCAGGGGUUUACACAUUAUUUUAUGCAUUUGAAACCCUUUGGCAAUCAUGUUGGUGGACUUACAAAUACACAUUACCUACAGAUGCUUUGGGGAUGAAUUAAUGAAUAGAUUUUCCUUUUUUUGGAAACCGUUCUGGAAAAACUAAGGACUGCGAUUAUUUCCCUCCCUCAGGGCAGGGGUUUAAACACCUUCUUUAGGUACAGAAAACAUGCCCACCAUUUCAAAACGACUCGACACAAUUUUUAUUUCACUGAUUGUUGAAUUUUUAAUGAAUGGAAUGAAUUUUUUAAAACUGUGAAUAUCUAUGUGAGGUCUAUAUUUUUUCAGAUGUUUUGGAAAGCAGAGAUGGUUUUUAUCUGCUUGUUCACUUGUGUGUCUGGAAUGUAAAAUGAGCCCCUCCAGCCGAUUAAAUCAUGCGGUCAUGUUACAUUUGAUCCAGUACCUGUACCUGUUUUGCUGGUGUGUUGUGCUAAAUUUUGCAGAGUUGGGCAGGGGUAUGAAUUAUGAGGAGAGAGUAAUUGUCAAAUACAAAGAGUUUUUCUUCUUUAUUUAUUACAUUUUGUUUCUAAUCUUGUUUUGUAAUCCUAAAUACAGUGACUGUAUUGAUUUAUUAAUUUAAUGAUCACAUUUAAGCAGAAAAAAGAAUUAAGUGGGUUUAUUUGUUUGCCAAACUGUUGUUACUACGAGAUUAUCUGUUCAUCUUCUGUGCUGCUGAUCCAGUAUAAGGUCACAAUGAACAUGGACCCUGGACUAGAGCUUGAAUGGUACCAAGAUUAUGACCUUCUACACUGACACUGCCAUGGUACCUCAGUAUCAAUACUGAUUCGAUACUGUAAAACAUUCCCAUUUAAAUAUUAUAUUGCUUUAAAUAAAUAGGCCUAUUUAUGUUAAAUUAACCGUAUUAGCCUAUUUAUUAAUUAAACUCAAUUCAAUACACAGAUUCUGAUUUUAAUUAGAGCUAUCCUGUUAUGAAUCCUCAUUGGUAAUACACUAAGCUUAGGUUUAUAUUUGCAUUUGUAUUUGUUGCGUUCAUCAUUUUGCCUCGCCUACUUAUCACUGAGGAAAGCGAUAUGAAUGAACUGGCAUGCAGGCUAAACAUGACUUUAAACAGAAAUAUAGAACUGCUAAAUUACAUAACUAUAAUGUUUUAUAUCUGUUAUGCACACGUGACCGUCUUCAAACUCCUUAUAUAAAUCAGGGUGUUGCCUCUUAGCAGCGUUUGUAUACUGUCGGCUCUGUGAGUUCACCCUUUUCAUUUGGUAUAAAAUCAAAAUAACACAAUAUCUCACUUAUGCUGCCCUGUUUAUAAACUAGAGGCGGGCAACAGCGGUUUCCAUCUUCCAUUAACGUAGCUUCUCAGCACAAGAGACAUGUGAAAUGAGUCUGGCUGUGUGUCUCCCGAAGCGCUACGUGACGUAACUUCGUAAAGUAGUUUUUGUGAUGUGUGCCAUAGAGAUGUUCAGCACGUGUUUUUUACAUUUUGAAACUGGAAAAAUGAGAAUUGCUUUGUUUAACUUUUUCGAUAGCUGUAUUUUGAACAACAUUAGCUAGCGGUAUAUUGAACAAUAUUAGCUUAGAGCCAAGAAUUGGUGCUGUGGACCCCGUGGUCUUCGGUGAUUGACAAUUGCAAGCAUGACUGGUUGGAUAAAAUAGAAAUACCAUGUAUUAAUUGGCUGGAUUGCUACUUUUGCCCGUGCUAAUUUGUGCAGUUCCCCUCUUCUGGGGAGACAUGCAGUUGUGUUCGUUGGUGUAUAUAAACUGCCUUUUUAUGUGUGUUUGCCCAUUGCCAGCUCAUCCAGUGCCCCCCCCCUGUGCUGCCUGGCAAGAUAAGCAGCUUUUGUAAGAAACCUUGUAUUUUUUUUCUUAUUUAAUAAGCACAGCUGUAGCCCAGUAAGGAUAUUUUGGUCCUAUAAUUAAAAGUUCUAAGUGCCUAGUCCUCACAUUCCUGUUGUGUAUAAAGUGUGUUUACUUUGCAUAGAAGUUGGAGCUGUUGCACAUGAUGUUACGUAUGUGUUGCCAAAUAGUUUUUUGCAUAGCAAAACAUAUGUGCACCCCUUCUCCCCCCAAAAAAAAUUCUUUGAUUUGCUUGAGUGUAAAUAUGUUAUGAUUUGAUGCACUCUGAGGGGCUCUGUAUUUGUACUGUUUGUGUAUCACGGAAGUGCCACAUUUCAUUUUCCGAACGCUUUUGGUGUUUCAGAUCAAAAAGGAGGGAAAGGUGUCUUAAAAAAUUAGAAUAUAAUGUUUUUAUUGCACUUAUUUAGCAGAGUAAAUUUGAAACAAAGUACAGACUACAGAUCCGGAAUAAAAAACAAAAUUGAUUUUGA